AUGUUAUUUUCUAAUGCACAAAUAGGCAAAUACACAACCACACCUCCUCAUCACAUCCUGCGGGAAGUGUUUCUUUCAGUGUCAAAUGAUAGGAAAAUUGUCAUCCUGGGAAAAACUGGAAGUGGGAAAAGCAGCCUGGCUAACACCAUAUUUGGAGAUGAACUGUUCAAGAUAGGAAGAUCGGCCAACUCUGAAACUAGUAAAUGUGGAGCCAUAACAAAAUCUGUCAAUGGAAGAAACAUCACUUUGAUCGACACUCCUGGUUUCUUCGACACAGAUCGAUCUGAGGAGGAGCUGAAGUCUGGAAUAGUGAGGUGUAUCACAGAGUGCGCUCCUGGGCCUCAUGCUUUUCUCAUUGUGCUUAAAGUGGAUAAAUUCACAGUGCAUGAGCAGGCUGUCAUCACUAAAAUAAACCAAUACUUUUCUGAAGAAGUUUACAAGUAUGCAACAGUUCUCUUUACUCAUGGUGAAGAGCUCCCUGAAGGACAGACCAUUGAGGACUUUGUCCGUGGUAAUGAGCUUCUGAGUGAUCUGGUGAAGAAGUGCGGAGGCCGCUGCCACGUCGUUGAUAAUAAAUACUGGAAGAACAACCAGCAGGAUGAAUACAGGAACAACCAGUUCCAAGUGAAGGAGCUGCUCAAAACAAUGGAAAAGAUAACUGAGGCAAACAGAGGAAGCUGCUACACCAAUGAGAUGCUACAAGCAGUGGAGGAAAAAAUAAAACAGGAGGUGGAGCUCAUUAGACAGUCACUAGGAAACAUGUCAGAGAUAGAGAUCAGAGAGAAGGCUAAAGACAGAGUAUCUGAUUGGCUUUUGAUCAAACUGGCAGGUAUCACAACAGGUGCAUUGUUAGGGGCUGUUUUUGGUUUAGUACGUUUGUUCAAAAGGAUGUGA